AUGGCCACUGAUCAAGCUGCUGACCAGCUCAUUUCAUACUUGACAUCUGCUUGCGAGGCAUGCAUGCCGCCUAGGGCACCACCGCCACACGGCAGAAGGCAAGCUAACUGGUGGAACCAAGAAAUUGCAGCGCUACUCGACCAAUACGGUCGACUGCGUAGGAGCUACCACAGGGCAGCUAGAAGGCGAGAGUCACACGAACAACUGGAUGUUCACCGAACCGCAUAUACGGUCAAGAGGAAGGUAUUGCGGCAGACAAUAAGAUCCUCCCAGGCUAAAUGCUGGUCCGACCUAUGCAGAUCCGUUGACUCCGGCCCGUGGGGUCUUCCCUACAAAGUCGUCACCAAACGCAUCGGUCGUCGACGUCCAGGAAUUGAAGCCCGCGGCAUGGAGUCGGAGAUUGACGAUUACCUCUUCCCGAACCCCCCAGCGACGGACUGGGCACUCCAGCAACCGCAGAAGACGAAACCGUUGAAGACUUCACCCUGGCCGAACUGGCCCAAGGCUGUAAAAGACUUCCCCCCUGUAAGGCAACCGGCCCCGAUGGUAUCCCCAACGAAGUCUUAG